AUGCUUCUCCUGGACUACCAGAAUGUGCUGAUUCAGUCGCUCCUGACUGAGCGUUUCUCCGGAGCUCCCCCGGUCUCGAUCGAUCAAGUGGUGUCAGAUUUUGACGGAGUGACGUUCCAUCUUUCUACCCCAGAGUCCAAAUCGAAGAUCCUCAUCUCUAUCCACGUGAAGUGCUUCAAGGAGUUGGUCCAGUAUGGCGCCCAGGAGGUGCUGGAGCGGGAAUACGGCUCCUACAUCGUCAACCCGGAGCCGGGCUACGACUUCUCCGUGCAGGUCGACCUCGACAAUCUACCCGCCGAGCAGGAGGCCCGCGAUGACCUGAUCAUGAAGAUUGCUCUCUUGAAACGAAACGCCAUGGCCGCUCCGUUCGAGCGCGCAUUCGACGAGUUCGCCAAGCUGGCGGAGGAGGCGUCGCAGUAUACAUCCGAGUCGGCGCCACAGGGUCUGCAAGAGGGCGGCCAGGUUAUGGCGAUUCAUUACCGGGAGGAGGAGGCCAUCUACAUCAAGGCCAACUCGGACCGGGUGACGGUCAUCUUCAGCACGGUCUUCCGGGAGGAGACGGAUCGGGUUUUCGGCAAGGUGUUCCUGCAGGAAUUCGUCGACGCCCGACGACGGGUCUUGUCGCUCCAGAAUGCCCCGCAAGUGCUUUUCCGCAGUGACCCUCCACUGGAGCUCCAGGGAGUCCCGGGAUUGACAAAGGCCGGCGAGGGCGCAAUGAGCUAUGUUACCUUUGUCCUUUUCCCGCGCCACUUGACUCCCCAGCGUCGCUACGAGAGCAUCUCCCACAUCCAGACUUUCCGCGAUUACUUCCACUACCAUAUCAAGGCCUCCAAGGCAUACAUCCACACCCGCAUGCGCAAGAGGACAGCGGACUUCCUCCAAGUGCUCAACCGAGCCCGGCCGGAGAACGAGGACCGUGAGCGCAAGACUGCCAGUGGGCGUACUUUCCGGGUGCAGAGCUAG